AUGUCUAACCAGACCAAGUCGUUCUACCUUCCAGACACCAUGGCUACUUGGCCAUGGCAGCGCGCUAUAAACCCAUACUAUGAGCAAGCAAAAGCAGAAUCCAACGCAUGGUUUCAUAGAUUCAAGGCAUUUUCUGCCCAGUCGCAAUAUGCCUUCGACAAGGGAGACUUCAAACACCUCCGAUCUGCUUGCGAUCUGAUGAACGUGUUCUUUGUCAUUGACGAGUACACGGACGUGGAACCAGAGCCAGUCGUUCGAAACAUGGUAGACAUUGUGAUCGACGCGCUCAAGAAUCCCCAUAAGCCUCGGCCAAAGGGAGAAGUCAUUCUAGGAGAGAUUACGCGACAAUAUUGGGCAUCAACAAUUAAAAUCGCCAGCUCUACUUCGCAGCGGCAUUUCAUCGAGAGCUUCACAGGUUAUUUGGAGUCCGUCGUUCAGCAAGCUGCAGACCGGGAUAACGAUAAACAACAUUCAAUUGAAUCAUACCUGAGGAAUCGUCAUGAGAACAUUGGUACUCGGCCGUCGUACGCCGUCAUCGAGUUUAACCUUCACCUUCCCGAUGAAGUGAUUUAUCAUCCAAUCAUUGUUGAAUUAUCCGAGAACAUCACGGAGCUUAUCUUGAUCGAUAACGACCUUGCAUCGUACAACAAAGAGCAAGCGACUGGCGAUGAUAGUUAUAACAUUGUGACAGUCGUCAUGCGAGAACUCAACCUCGGUCUGGAUGAAGCCAUCGCAUGGGUUGCCAACUACCACGCAGAGGUCCAGAAAAGAUUCCUGAACGGUGUACAACGUGUUCCCUCCUGGGGCCCAGAGAUUGACACACACGUUCAAAGGUACUUGAACGGGCUUGGAAACUGGGCACGAGCCAAUGCGUGUUGGCACUACGAAAGCGGUCGAUACUUUGGAAGCAGGAGUCCUGAGGUCCUUCAGACUCGGCGAGUGCAGCUUUUACCCAAGGUACAGAAACACAACGUUUCACUGAAGAGAGAGAACGUCGUUGUACCUCUGAUAGAGGCUUUAGAGAGCAGAGCAUGA